AUGGCGUCGCCGUUCCCGGCUACCGCUGGUGUGAUUAAAGUGGAGGAUGAGGAGAACGGAGGUGUAUCCGCCGGCCGAGUCCCCAGCGACCAAGAGCUGAGGAACAAGUUCUGGGAGGCUGUCAAGCGCGGGGUCGAGCUCAGGAAAAGGGACCUCUGCGCCUCUGGCAGUGCCCAGCUGCCGCCUCCUCCCCUACCCCCACCGGAUAUUACUGAACUGCAAGUUCUUCAGCCAACGAAUAAUUAUAGCCGUAUCCACCUGCAUUCAUUUCAUCUUUGUUACAAACAGCAUUUGCAUACCACUGAUUUUCUGUAUCAUGUACUGUUGUGUGACGCUCCUGCUCCUCAGGUAGUACAGCCACCGCCUCCGCCUCCACCGGCGCAUCACCCAUGGGCAAAGAGGCCGGCCACCGCGCCGCCUCCGGGGUUCGCGGGUGUUCGCCAGCCGCCGGCGAAGCAGUACCAGCGCAGGCCACCAGGGCAGAGGGCGUCGGCGCCGCGGCAGCACCCGGCGCCGAACGCAUGCCGCGCCCUGCUGGCCCCGCCCGCCCCGCCGCCGGCGCACGCCGCCGGACCGGGCGCCAUCGCCGCCAUGCCCCCACCGCUCCAGCGGAGGUCCGCGCCGCCGCCCAAGCCGCCGCGGCACCACCCGGCCGCGAAGAAGAAGAAGCCCACCGUGCCGUGCGCCUUCUGCGGCGUGCUGUGCAUGACGGCGUGGCACCUGGAGCAGCACGAGAAGGGGCGGAAGCACCGGAACAAGGUGGCCUACCUCGCCGGGGAGAUGAACGUGCAGUGCCCGGUGUGCGACGUGCACCUCUCCGGCGAGCUCAACGUCCAGCAGCACUUCGCCGGGAAGCAGCACAUCUGGCGGCUCAAGCUCAACGGAGGAGCCUGAGGAUGCACCGCCGCAUUUGCUUAAUGCAUAUAGUAUGUCUGAAACCGUGGUGUCAGGCUACAACGUAUUUUGCGUGA